UCCGUGCAGAUACCGUUCAUCUCGCAUAAACAUGCCAUGAUCGCCAAGCGAACCAUCGAGGUCGAUCCAGAACUACAGCCCCAGGCAGUGAAACGUACACUGUUCGUUGAAGGCAGCAUUUUGACUGCAAAUUUCGAGACUCUGACCGUCCGACUAGCUCGUUUGACGGUCAAUGGCUUCUUAGAAAAUGUCGAUCUUGUCGUUCGUACCCUAGAACAGUUUGGCGAAGACGCUGAGAAACGCCAUGUACAAUCAAGCCAAUAUCCUUGA